CAAUAUUGAACAUAUCGCAAUAAUCGCAAAAGCUUCAUCAUCGUAAUUAUUCCUAUUGCUAUUUGCUAAAAAUCAGCACCGUUUUCAAUAUUUAUUAGUGUCUUGAUUACUGAAUUUAUUCUCUAUACUUGCUUCAAAAAGCACUUGAUUCAUAUUUACGAAGCAGACGUUUCGCUCAAGUUCAGAACCAGUUGCAGUAUCGAUUAUCAAUAUUGUGGAUGUUUUUUUUCUCAACGUGAUUAGCCUAUCAAACAAAACACCAGCACCGGAGAAUUCAAAAUCCACGCUGUUGAAUACAAAGAAGGCGUAUCGUCCAACUCGAAAAAUUAAAAGGAAAAAUUUAGUAACUAUGGCACCUCCCAAAAAUAAGAAAGUUCAACCUAUUAGUAUCCAGAGAAUAGAUCUGAAAAGAGUGGAAUACCGUCUGAAACAAAAUGGCUAUAAAUUUCCUAUCGAAUCCAAUUUGUCCAAAGUAGUAAAAGCCAUAAUAAAGAUUCACAAUGACAAAAAACUGGAGGAAGAAAAUGAGUUUAAAAACGGAAAACAAAAUGAACAAAAUAACAAUAUAAAUAUAGAAGAUGACUCUGAUGACGAAAACACACAGUGGCAAGAUGAGAACAAAGGUUAUCGUCCGGGUCAUAAGUACACUCUAGAAAACUACUCAUUGAUAUACUAUACCUUUACCAAAACAUUCACUACAGAUAUGGCAGUGCUGUCACAACUGAUUCCCGAAGACACGCAAAAUUCUCACCAUGUUGUGUUUUUCUUCAAAGAGAACCCUUCUGCAUGUAUUUUUGCUUUGACGACGGGUAACGCAUGGCAAGUAACCCGACCUUAUAUAGAUUAUUCCUUUCCUAUCAAAAUUGUCGAAGAAGUUGGAGAUCCGACAAAAAUUAUUCAUAUUGCAAGACGUGGUCUGUUUGGAAAUCAUGAACGAGAAACUUCACUCCGCCCAGCUGAGUACGAAUUGUAUAAGACUUCACAUAUGUACUACUACUGUGAAUCUUUUCAAUGCCAGAUUAAACCCGAUUCUAAAUUAUACGACUUGAUCAAAGUGAAAAAUAAGAAUAAAUAUUUGAUUAAUGUCACGACAGGAGGACUUUUAAAAAUAAUACAAAGACUUAAAAUUGAAAAUUUUCCUGCGAUUUUGGACUUAUUUUGCGAGUACACGGAUGGUGCACAAUACGGAAAUGACUUUCAAUUCGAAUUCCUACAUUUUCUAAAACUCGCUAGCUUGCAGCGUGAAUUGGACAUUUCGUUGAUAGAUCACAUUUAUUUUAAAUACAAAAGUAAAAAAGAUCUGCCUAUUGUCCACCUACGACAUGGACAACUUCAAGAUUUUCUGUUAUCCAAUUCUUUUAGAAUCAAGAUCGAUUUUUGUGAGUGGUCGACCACAUCGAACCCACCCAGCAUUAGAGAAAUUGUUGACAGAAUCGGCCAUGUAGCAGCGAACGAAAACGAAUUUCGAAAAAUAUUCCUAGAUAGUGAACUGAGAUUUAAAAAGCAGACUUCGAAGAAAUGGGAAAAUUGGCAAAAAAUUAUCGAUUGUGUUGAAGCCGAGCAUCGCUAUUCAGGAAGCACUUAUUUCAAAAUCAGAAAACUAUGGUAUGAACUCAUGCCGUACCAUUUAACUUUAUUGGAAGAAGAUUUCAUAAACGUGGUCAAAAACGUGUUAAUCGAAGAAGGAUCGACAUGGCGACUGCAUCGUCCUUGGACAGGAAAUUGUAAAGGGAAUGGCUCUCGUGAAAGUGAGUAUAGUCGUCUGUAUAAAGAUGAUGAUCGGUGUUUGGUUCUCGAUAUGAUUACUCCAGAUAACCUUGAAAGCUGCGAUAUCAUCAAAUAUACCGACGAUGAAGUUUAUCUAUACCAAGUGAAAGAGAAAUUUGGCAAAGAUACUCGUGAAGCUUGUUGUCAAAUUGUAGAAGCGGCGACUUCUAUACGUGCUGCUAUUACUGUACGCAAAUCUCCAACGUACUUGGAAAAGUUAUAUGAUAUGGCAACUACCAUACCCCAAAAAUCUAAAAGUAAAGAUGCCGCUGAAUGGAGAAAAGAACUCAAAAGUCGGGUACAAUCAAUCGGAAAAGACGCAUUUAUCGAUAUUUUUCGAAACCGAAAGAUAACAUUUGUGUAUGCGUACCUCCCCUCUGAUCCUAACAAAUCAUUUGCCAAUAUAUUGAGAAACAGAAAUUCCGAAGUAAUAGAAGACAAUUUAAUAGAAAAGUUGAAAUGUGACGGUUUUUUGGAUUCACAUGGACGUGUGACAGGAAAAUUUCUUUCUAUAACUAAAGAAAAUUUCCAAAUUACUGGAGAAACGCAAGAAACAAACUAUAUCAUUUAUGAUAAAUUAGAAAAACGUGUAUUAUCCAAGAGUACUGCUGCAAAAAUUGAACUGGUAAGACUCGUUCAAACUUUGCAAAGUAUGAACUUUGAUUUGAAAGUUUGCGAAAUUGAGAAAAUACCUCUUGAACCACAACCAGGAGGCUCACAAACGCAAACGUCUCAAAAAAUCAGACAAACAAAAAUACCUCACUUUUCUCCAUCUAAAUCUCAAGAUUCACAAAGCAGUAAUUCUGUAUCAAAAGUUGGCAAGAAUAAAAAAAUGGGCAAAAUCAAUCAAACACCGGAAAAGAGGAAGCAAACGAAGAUAAACGAUUUUUUCAUAUCGCCGAUGAAAAAACCAAAAAUGGAAGACAUUUCUGAUGAAUAGAAACAACUUAUGGUGCAAGCCCUGUAUCUUUCAAUUUUUUCUUUUAAAAACUGGUAGAUAGGUCAGGUAUACAACUUAAUAUAUUUUCAUUAGGUACAAGACGAUAUUCUCUGAAGUUUUUAGCUUCAAGUGUUGGAAAUAAUUAUUUGAGUGCUAAUUAUUCCGGCCUCAUCAGCAGUAUUUUGGUGGACUUAAUUUUGUUCUCAUUUUUCCAUUAGUAUUUUCGUGUGCAGAUGUCACGAUGUCUGUGAUAGUGAAAUUAAUACUACUUAUGUGAUAAAAUAAAAUUAUGAAAUGAAUGCUUUCUUCAUUUUUUAAAAUUUUUUUUAAUCGUUUGUUGCAUUUUUAUUAUUUUUAUUCCCAUAACUACGUAUCAUAGAAUUAUAUUUUAUUUUUACUGGGUAUAUAAUCAAUCAGCUUCCUAUCUGUGUUAUUCAGUAGUUAGCCUAGGUACGUUUUUCAUUAAUUUAUUAUUUUUAUAAUGGUUAAUUUUAAAAUGAUGUCUUUGAUUACCUAUUUUAUUAUUACCACUUUAAAAAAGUGUAAAUUUUUUACAAGAACUUGUGAUUUUGUUUCUUGAAUGUUAAUUGUUUUCUUGUGAAUUACCACCGUAAAAGUGAAUGCAGUUCGUUUUUAUUAAUUUACAUGUUUCAUGUUGUUAACAAUUUUUAAUUAAAAACUUUUGAUUCUGAAAUAAUUUUAUUCGUAG